AUGGACAUGUUCUGUGUUGGAUUACUACUUGCUGAGCUUAUUUUACGAAAACCAUUGUUAAGGAGUAAUAGUACUAUUGAUAUGAUCAUUACUAUGAUUGAAAUUUUAGGAAUGCCCACAGAUGAAGAGAUUGGACUUAUUUCUUCGAAACCAGAAAUGAUUAAGGAUUGCAUUCAAAAUGUAAUUGGAAGUGAGCCAAAGAAGAGACAGAUAGCUAGUUUAUUCUCCUAUUUGGAUAGUAAUGAGUUGGAUUUAUUGGAAAACCUUUUACAAUUCAAUCCAAAUAAUCGAAUGACAGUGUCUCAAGCUCUUCUACAUCCCUAUUUUGAUGAGUUUAGAGAUUGGGAUAUUACACCAGUUUACAAAUUAAAUGAUACAAUAUUUUCGGAUUUCACAAUACUGAAAUCUAUGAAAACGGAAGAAAUUAUUGGAAAUACUAAAAGAGAAAUGAAAUUACUUGCUCGGACAAGAAAGAGGAAUACCAAACUGGACCAAUUUGCAAGGAAACUUCAACAAACAAGACUAGCUAAACGAUUAUGUGAUUUAACCAUUGUAUUAAACUUCCAAUAG